UAAUGCACUUUUGUCCAUUCGUUGUCUUUAGCUGGAGGCUGUUUAUCUGCUGGUUAUACAUCGGCCGUAGGGUUUAGUAAACCAGAGCAAACUAUGCUCUAAGUAAUAUACUCGACCUUUUCUUCUUCCUCUCGUCUCCUUUCUCUUCCCUCGCGAACACAAGAUUUUGAAAAAUUGCGAGGAAAAUACUCGAAACCUUUCUUCAAAACCCUAAUUUCGGCUUAAUUAUAACCUUUAUCUUUUACCCCUAAAUUUCCUAUAAUUAAGUUAUCGUAAUUUCAUCAAAGGGAGUACGCAAGAACGAUAUGAGUCGCUAUGAUAGCCGCACCGGCGACCCCACUUCCUACCGUGACCGGCGAAGUGAUUCAGGGUUUGGUGGGGCUUCAACAUAUGGGAGCUCUGGACGGUCUACAUCAAGCAGGAGGGAUUAUGAUGGUGCAGAGUCCCCGAAAAAAUUGGAUUUGGAUGGGUUGACUCCUUUUGAAAAAAAUUUUUAUGUUGAGUCACCUGGAAUUGCUGCAAUGACAGAGCGGGAGGUGGAGGAGUAUCGGCGGCGGAGGGAAAUUACCAUUGAAGGUCGCGAUGUUCCAAAGCCUGUUAAGAGUUUCCGUGACGUGGGUUUUCCAGAUUAUGUUCUGCAAGAAAUUACGAAGGCUGGUUUUGUUGAACCAACACCUAUACAGUCUCAGGGAUGGCCAAUGGCUUUGAAGGGUCGUGACCUCAUUGGUAUUGCUGAAACAGGAUCGGGGAAGACACUUGCCUACUUGUUGCCUGCAAUUGUCCAUGUUAACGCGCAGCCAAUUUUAGCUCCUGGAGAUGGUCCAAUUGUGUUAGUUUUAGCUCCGACACGUGAACUUGCUGUGCAAAUACAACAGGAAGCCACUAAAUUUGGUGCAUCAUCAAGGAUUAAAAAUACUUGUAUAUAUGGAGGAGUUCCCAAGGGACCUCAAGUGCGUGAUCUCCAGAAAGGAGUUGAAAUUGUUAUUGCUACACCUGGGAGGUUAAUAGAUAUGUUGGAGUCACACCACACAAAUUUGCGAAGGGUUACUUACCUUGUGCUGGAUGAGGCAGAUAGGAUGCUAGACAUGGGUUUUGAGCCUCAGAUACGGAAAAUUGUCUCUCAGAUUCGCCCAGAUCGUCAGACUUUGUACUGGAGUGCUACUUGGCCUAAGGAAGUGGAACAACUUGCAAGGCAGUUUCUUUACAAUGCAUACAAAGUGAUAAUAGGAUCUGCAGAUUUAAAAGCGAACCACGCAAUACGCCAACAUGUUGACAUUGUUUCUGAGAGUCAAAAAUAUAACAAGUUGGUGAAGUUGCUGGAGGACAUCAUGGAUGGCAGUCGGAUACUGAUAUUCAUGGAUACUAAAAAAGGUUGUGAUCAGGUCACGCGCCAGCUUCGCAUGGAUGGGUGGCCUGCGCUCUCAAUUCAUGGAGAUAAAAGCCAAGCAGAAAGGGAUUGGGUCCUCUCAGAAUUCAAAUCUGGAAAGAGUCCUAUAAUGACUGCAACAGAUGUUGCAGCUCGCGGUUUAGAUGUAAAGGAUGUAAAAUAUGUGAUUAAUUAUGACUUUCCGGGAUCCCUUGAGGAUUAUGUUCACCGCAUUGGCCGAACAGGAAGGGCUGGCGCAAAAGGAACAGCUUACACGUUCUUCACAGCUGCAAAUGCCAGGUUUGCAAAGGAACUUAUUACCAUACUUGAGGAAGCUGGACAAAAGGUCAGCCAUGAAUUGGCAGCAAUGGGACGUGGUGCACCGCCUCCACCCUCAGGUCAUGGGAGCUACCGAGAUCGGGGAAGGGGUUAUAGCAGUGGCAGAUCAUGGAGCUAAUAAAUGGUUUUGGAUUAUGAAAAUUGUGAAAACUGAAUGGCAAUAUAAGGAAACUCAUGUGAUGGCAGCUUAGCACUUGAAGAAAGAGAAAACUUGUAGGAGUCGAGGGCAGAGUGAUAGAUAUCUUCUGCAACAUUCAUUGUUUUCCUUGUAUUCGAUAUCCUGUAACAACAUAUUGUAAGAUAAUUUGGCAUUUCUUCUUCCUUGGAAAAAAAGAGGAGUUAGCAUUAAAAAGGGCUCAA